AUGACCGCAGGAACCGUCAGCGACAGCAGCAACCUAUACCACCUUGCCCCACUUGUGGAAAGAUUCACCCACACCGCCGGUAAACCGCCGCCACCGGACCGCCGUCGCCGUUUCGUCGCUCGCCGUAGUCAGCCGCAUCAUAGCAUCGUCACUGUCAGCAACGCAAACCCCUCGUCUUCUUCCGCCACCGCUCUGCACAACCUCCGUCCGCUUGCUCGCCGCCUUGUCUGUCAGGCGGCUCGACGCCUCACCUCUGUCCGCAAGCACGUAUCUUCGUCUCCAUCCGCUGGUUCAUCGGCCGUCGCCCCGCCAUUGCCGGCUAUCUCCCGCCAUCGACGGCCGUCGCCCGCCAUCGUCGGCGGCCACCCGCAACCUCUCUCACAGCUGCACAUCAACCGUGACCUCUCCUCUCACCGGCGCGCCGGCCUUCGCCCAGUACGCCCUCGUCACCACCACCAGCCGAACCGCCAUCGCCUUCAUCCACCGCCGCCACGCCUUCAUCCGCCGCCAUCAACCAACUCACAGACGCCGGCGUUUUCUUCCGACCAUUUCGAUUUCAUAUAUGCGGGCCAAAACACCUCAACCAAUUCGGUCGUUGACCUGUCAUCCCCCUCCUCCACAGUCGCCGGAGCUGAUCUCCAUAACAGUCCCCGGAGUUGA